GAGAGAGAGAGAGAGAGAGAGAGAGAGAGAGACUGUUUUACUUAAACAUUAUCAACUGAAACCAGUGGGAUAUGAAGCUACAAGCUACAUAUCCCUCCGUAUACAGCGCUCUCAAUUGGUGGAAACUAGUCAGGUGACGUUGUCAUAUUGUCUUUCCUUGAGCCAAGCCUUGGCUAUAUCACUUGGGUUGCGCGUCUUAACCGGAGUCUUGAAAUUAAAAUUAUUGAAAUACUACUGAACUAAAAAAAAAAGAGUUUACAAAGCAGGAAGGAGACACGCGCGCGAGUAUAUGGGAUAAGAACAUAGACACUUAGGCGCACAGUGAGGAAACGUGAGAGAAUAAGCAAAGGGUAUUAAGAAGGAAGAGUUGAUGAGAGGGCGAUAGGGGAAGGCAUGAAUUCGUAUUUCGCGAACCCGUCACUUUCCUGUCAUUUAUCCGGUGGCCAAGAGGUUUUGCCUAACAUGCCACUAAACACGACCACGUAUGAUCCUGUCAGACAUUUCUCGUCCUACGGCUCAACUGUGACCCAGAACCGGAUUUACGCGUCCCCUUUCUAUUCGCCACAAGAAAACGUUGUGUUCGGGUCAAGCCGGGCACCGUACGAUUACGGAUCUAAUGUGUUCCUCCAAGACAAGGAAGUGCUUCCCAGCUGCAGGCAAACUAGUAUGGGAAUCAACGCUCAGAGCCACGUAGCUCAGGACUACAGCCUGGAACACGGCCGAGGCGUUGCGCAGGAGCAAAAAGGGAACCAGAUCCAGAUCUAUCCCUGGAUGCAGCGUAUGAACUCGCACAGCGGAGUUGGAUACGGAUCUGACAGAAGGAGAGGUCGGCAGAUUUACUCCCGAUACCAAACCCUGGAGCUAGAAAAGGAGUUCCACUUCAAUCGCUACUUGACCAGACGCAGGCGAAUAGAAAUUGCUAACGCUCUUUGUUUAACAGAGCGCCAGAUUAAAAUUUGGUUUCAGAACCGCCGCAUGAAAUGGAAGAAAGAGACCAACCUGACUUCUACUGUAACUGGGACAGAUUCGACCGGUACUGCCCAGGCGGAAGAAAAACAGAGCAAUCAGGAGGAGACAGAAGAAGUUAAAAACAAAGACUAGUAGACUUUUUUUGUAAACGUCUGUUAAGCUGCAACGUAACUACCUAUAAACUUUCAGAAAUGCAAUUAUAACUGCAUGGACUGUGUAUUCUGGUAUACCUUUACACUCAUUUCCUGACUAUUAUCACACAAAUACGUGGAGAGGGGGAUAGAUAGAGAGAGAGAGAGAGAGAGAGAGAGAGAAAGGUGAUAUGCAGAAUUAUGCUAAUCGCUCUUUUUAUUAAGAAUAUGUUUUGCCUCAUUUAGGCAGUUUAGAUGCAAUAUCACAGACGCUGUUGUUCGGCAACCAGUCUUAAUAGUAUAGUGUUAUUUAGGCUUGUAAAUAGUUACUUUAUAAAACUACAAACUAAUUGGGUAUAUGGACUUUCUCAUUUGUUUUGCAAACACAGUACCAUUACCAUUCCAAAUGUGAAGGAAAUGUAGUCUAUGCACAUGUGUUAUUUUGUUUCUGUCCAAUUAGCACCAACACUAGUGGGAAAAACCAUGCUACCUACGUUCUUGAUUUUUACAACUUCAUACCGUCAGUGCGUACAAAACGCCGCUGUACUGACUAAAUAUUUACUGAUCAGCUAAUUUCUUAUCAGUUCAACGUACACUUAUAAUCAUGCUUAUAAGGUUGUCUUAAAGUGAAUAAAACUGUUAAGAAGAUG